AUGCCGCCGGGCACAAAACAGCAAUUAAAACCUCUGGCACCUCCAAUGCUUCCGUAUGCUCUGCCUUGGCUGGGCCAUGCCAUGGAAUUCCUUUCAGAGGAGCCAGGGUCCUUCUGGCGGAUGCUUCGCGAUAAGCUGCGUGCCACGGGCACAGAGGUCGACAUCUGCACAAUCCUGUUGGGCGGUCAGAAAGCGCACGUGAUCAGUUCCGCCGCGGCGGUGCAGGCGUUGUUUAAGGACAAGUCUGUGUCGAGAGAGCUAUUCAACCACCAACUGGCGAGAAACUCUCUCGGUACCUCGCAAGCUGAUGCGGAGAGGAUGUGGCCCUCUGCUGCCGCCAUUGCCAAAGGGGCCGAGAAGGACCGAAAGUUGAGUAUGGAGGCACUGAACCAUGAGUAUCUGCUCAGUCAGGCAGCUGUGAGUGCAUUGACGAGCAAGUUCACGGAAUGUUUCAAUGCCUCGCUCCAGGCGGCGGAACUUGACAGUGAAUGGACAACGGUAGACCUACUCUCUUGGUUGAAAACAAAAAUGUUUGAUGCUUCUACUACUGCGGUUUUGGGUACAAAGAUACUAGAAAUGAAUCCUGAUCUUGUGGAGCAGUACUGGCAUUACGAUGCUGGAUUUCUGCCGCGGUUCUAUGGGUUGCCAAAGUGGCUCAAACCAGAGGCAUAUAGGGGCAUGGAAGAGAUGAUAGCUCGAACAGAAGGAUGGGUGAAGCACGUCCUUGACCAAUGUGAUCAAAACCCCCCUGAAGAGCCGGAGUGGGAACCAAUGUUUGGAGCAAAGCUAGUGCGAGCAAGACAUCGAUUCUACGAGAGAGAAGGCGUAACAUUGAGAGGCAAGGCGGCAUUUGAUUUGGGGCUUUUGUUUGGUCUUUCUGCCAAUGCCAUACCAAUUACGGGUUGGAUUUUAAUUCACCUACUUUCGCCCUUGACGCCCAAGGAUGUCCUACCAAGGAUUCUGAGAGAAGUGAAAGACGCUCGGCGACAUGACGGCGAAAUUGACGUCACGAGGUUGCUUUCACAGCCAUUGCUGAACUCUGUUCUCCACGAAACUCUACGGCAUUAUGUUGAUUCAUUAGUCACUCGACAAUUGGCUUCAGAUACAAUUCUAGACGGAUAUCUGCUAAGAAAGGAUGAUUUGAUUAUGGCGCCAAGCUGGUUGAGUCAGCAUGAUUCUGUUUUCUGGGAGGAGGAGCAAAGGGCCUCGGUCAACACUUGGUGCGCCGAAAGAUUUCUGAGGCAUAAUGCGAUGACGGGCAAGGAUGAAUUCAGUAGUUCAUGGACGAGCGGAAAAUUCUUCCCAUUCGGUGGAGGUGGAUAUAUCUGCCCCGGCCGAGUGUUUGCCAAACAAGAGAUCCUCAUUGCACUGGCCAUGUUGCUUAUGCAGUUUGAGAUCAAGUUUGUCGAGUACCUAGGGACAGACAAAACAGGGACUACGGUGGGGUUGGGAACUCAACCAUCUGGGUUCCCGAGAGUGAAGCGGCAAUAUGCUGGUAACGGAACACUGCUCAUGGAUGGCGAUAUUAGAGUGCAAUUGAGGAGAUUAUGA